CCUGCUCCAGAGGUGUGCAGUAGUCAAGCAGUUGAUCGCCAAUGCAUUAUCAGUGGCAAUAACUUUUGUCAAGGCACACCCUUUGACAAUCAGGGUUAUGGUUUUGUGCUGAUGUUCAAUGAGCACUACACUCGGGUGGGAAACCCAUACAAUCCUUUCCUGGUCAUUACUAAUGCUGAAACAGAAAAUGUACAGGUGAAUGUAACAACUCCACGCUGGAGCAGCCCAAGUGUAAAUGAGCAAUUCACAUUGGCCAGUGGUCAGUAUCGUACCGUGAGUAUUCCACAAGAGCUCCGCAUGCAGCAGUCAAAUCUCUCCACCAAGGCCAUCUUGGUCCAGUCAAGCGGGGAGGUAGUUGUCCAGGGUGUGAAUUCUGAAGAACGCUCUACAGGCAUGUUUCUUGCUCUUCCAAUUGAUGCCAUUGGCAGUGAGUAUUAUGCAGUGUGCUACAGCCCUGCUUUCCUUCAUUGCCAGUUUGGUAUUGCUGCAAUACAGGAUGGAACAGAGGUCUCGAUAUCUUUACCUUCUCCACUGCCUUCCGGUCAAAUAGUGCAGGUGACUUUUCAGGGCACAACAUACUAUAGUGGACAAACAAUCCGCCUGACCCUCAGUGCCUAUGACACCGUCCAAAUACAGGCUGCUCACGACCUGACUGGUUCUCAUGUCGUAACCAACAAACCUGUGAGCUUCUUCAGUGGGAACAGGCAUACAAACAUUGACCAAGGUCUAGGUGGACAAACAAAAGAUCACACUGUAGAAAUGCUCCCACCAGUAUCUGCCUGGGGUAAAGAGUUCAUCACUUUCCAAAUUCCAGACAGGACAGUAUUUAAUCCUGGGGACAAUUUCAGGGCUGUGGUUUCCAGUCUCAGUCAAACAUCGCAACUAAACCUGACAGUGGGCUCCAGCAACAUAUACCCAGCAGUGCCCAAUGGGUUUUCAUAUGCCCAGUUCCUGGUUGGCCAAGGUAGCCAAAACACUUAUGCCUAUCUGUCAUCAAACACUCCAGUAAUGUUGGCUGAAUUUAUUGUAAGUAUGAUAGCUACCAAUGAGCUAGCAGAUCCUUCUAUGAUCUAUCUGCCACCUGUUUCAUUGUACAGGAAUGAAUACACGUUCACUGCCCUGGAAAGAUCUCUCAGCACAAACAAUCUUUUUGUCAACACAAUUAUUAUUGUCAGUCCUUUGUCGGGCCGUGGUGACAUCACAUUGGACGGGAAUGCCUUACCAGCAAUAACAUGGACAAAUGUUGAUGCAGGGGGUGUCAUAUACAGUGCGGGAUUCUUUACCAUCAGCGCCGGCUUUCACAAACUGAGUCAUCCCAAAGUGAACCAUUAUUUUGGAGCAGUGCUGUAUGGAAAUGUUCUGAAUGAUACAGUAGCCCCAGAAUCCUAUGCAACUGCUAUUGGCAUGAGGCUGUCCAGGGUUAAUGAACCUUGUGGAUGCAAUGUCACUACAACAGCCCAGUUCCAAGCCGAUGGCAUUGACAAUGAUUGUGAUGGGCGGGUUGAUGAGGAAGACUGCAGUAAUGCAAAUACAGAUGAAGAUGGUGAUGGAAGACAGAAUGAGGAUUGCGCCACACCUUCAAAAGUGGAUGGCCAGUGGUCUCAGUGGUCAAACUGGGGCACCUGUUCAGUGAGCUGUGGGGGUGGCAGCAGGAGUAGGACCAGGUCCUGUAGUGAUCCAGCCCCAGCAUUUGGUGGCAGCCCUUGCCCAGGAUCCCCUCCAGACACACAGACUGAUACAGAAUCCUGCAAUAGUAAUGCCUGUCCAGUUGAUGGAAACUGGGGAGGUUGGACACCAUGGAGUAACUGUAGCAGGACAUGUGGGGGAGGCAUAAGGUUCAAAUCGCGUGAGUGUAAUAACCCUCCGCCUUCCAACGGUGGGGUGUCCUGUCCUGGAUCCAGUAAUCUGACAGAGACGUGCAACCCACAGGGCUGCCCUGGUAAGUGACUUUAUCUGUAGUACUUCUUGAUAAAGAUAUUGGUAUAGUUAAAUGGAUACGAAAUAGUUAUACCGGCAUGUGCACAAAUGAUAUGAUUUAGUAGUCAAAUAAUCAUAUUAUUUGAUUAAAUU